CAAGAAACCCUCCACCUAAGCCUUACCUCUCUACCCUGGUUUGAAGCAACUGCUAACUGAACAGUGGGAACUAGCCUUCCUCGGCCCGGGAUGCGUGCUCUCCUCCUCCAAUAUGAAUAUAACCGUGUACCAUCAGUCGGGGUUCGAUGGGCGGAACUGUUCUCUUCUCGAUAAAGGGGUUGUAAACGCCGAGACGGUCCAGAGCAUCGAAUGGAAGAGUCCUACUUCUAGUCCUACCUCCAUGUCUUACAAAUUAUGUAUGUGGAAGGACGAACAGUGUUUUCAAUCCGGUGGUCUGGACGAAAUAGAUGAUGGGUGGGAAAUCUGUUAUCCGUUUGCAGGGUGGAAGGCGUGGAGCGUUGUUCCUGGCGGAGAGAUUUGUUUGUAGUGCUUUCUUUGAUCUUUGACGUGGCUGUGUAUCUCACCGACUUUCUAUUAUGAUAGUUGUAGCAGGGAUUGCUGCCUGAUGGUAGGAUGCGUGCAGUGAAUGGUUUGGUUUCUUGGUGGUGAAUGACAGGAGUCCGUCCUUACUCUGGUGGUUUAGCUUGGGGAGGCACACGGGAACUUCUUCGAACCACCUAUAAAUACCUUCUCUUCUCC